CCUGAGGAGCGCGUGGAGGCUACACGCUGGUACUCUCGCUCCCACUGCCUGUGAUACUUUUAGUAGUCGUUAUGCUGUGAUAGGAUAUACAUGUAUUUGUCUUCGUCCAGUGCACCUAUUAGAUGAUACACACUUGUUAAUUACACAGUGAGUCGUAGGGGAUCUGUGUAUUGUUUGUAAGAGCCACGAGGUGUUUUACGAGUGAUAACUAUAGUAGUGUGUUAAGAGACUUCAACAGGCCAUGUGCAAGUGUUCCUUUGUGCGAGGGGCGUUGGUGGCCCUCGUCCUCAUGGCCCACGCCAGAGCUCAGGAAUAUACCGUCGACGACCCCACUGGUGAUGUCGUCUUCAAUGGAGUUCGAAGCACAGACGUAUCACUCAUCUUUGACGACUCUGAGAUUGUUGUCAAUCCAGGGGACCAGCUGAACUUAGACUGUGGCGUCCAUGGACAAAGUCGCUACUGCAUCUGGGAGAGUGAAAGCGGCCAGAUUCUUCAGGUUGAAGAUGUGUACAGCAAUGUCUUUGAUGGAGUGAGCAAGCCAGUAAACACUGUAGGAAAUGAAUGUGGCAUCGUCAUAAAUUCUGCUGACAUUGGACACCAUGGCCAAUGGACGUGCAAAGUUUUUGUUGUUGGAAAGUCCCUCGUUGGAACCAAGAAUGUGAUAGUUACUAUAAAGCCUACUAGUCCAAUCCUUGAAGUGGAUAGCAGCCGAGGUUUAGUAGUGACAAAUGAGGAUGAAACGCCAGUUAAAUGCUCAGUAGCGGCAGCUAGGCCGGCCGUUGGCAUCCGUUGGUACUUGGGAGAUAGAGACAUUACUGUAUCUGCUGAAACAGAAGAAACACCAACAGACAAAGGGGGAAUCUACAAGAGUGUGUCAACUCUGAGACGGACCUUUCAGCCUUCAGAAAAUGGGCAGCUCUUAACUUGCAGUGUUACGCACAAGACACUUCCUGUGCCAGAAAAUACUAGUAUAGCUCUAAAUGUUGUAUUCAAGCCAGUGGAGAAGCCUGUUAGCACUUUUUACCAAAUCAGACCUGGUAAUGAUUAUGAAGUGAAACUGAAUUUUUCUGCCAAUCCAGCACCCAUAAGGAAGGAAUGGAGAUAUGGUAAAAGUUUUGAGAAUGUUGAAGGGUCCAUCAGCAUUCCUGGGUCAGAUGGUCAUUACAGAGCAGACAUUGAGGAUUUAGGCAAUGGAAUGUACACGGCAAAGCUUCUUGUUACUGGUUUUACAGAAGCUGAUGCUAACAAGAAUUAUUUGUUGGUAGUAGAGAAUGAUUAUGGAGAAACCCAAUACAAGGUCAAGCUUUCCAUGCACGAAGCUCCUAAAGAUGGUGACUCUGAAACAAGCAACUAUGACAAAAUCCCACCCACAGAGUUAUCAGUGUCUGAAGGUAUUGUUUUCGAUGAUGAGACGAAGUCAAACACCUUGAGUGGAGGAGCAGUUGCAGGCAUCAUUAUUGUCCUCUUGAUAGUGGUAGCAGCCGUGGGUGCUGCAGGAUAUGCACGGUACCGACAGAUGUUCUGCUUUGCCUCGCGUGCCGAGAGUAAAGCCCACAUCCAAGACCCUGAGCGCAACGAAACUGAUAAUGGCACAGCCAACGAUGCUGUUAAGGCCUCUACAGACCAGGUCAACGGCAAGACUGACAACACAGUGGUCAAUGGCAAUGGAAACUUGGAACAGACUCAAGUGGAUGAAAUCAAAGCAAAAAAGAACACUGAUGUGUGAGCAGGAAUUAAUUUUUGACUAGAGUUGAACAGAAUAUUACUUAUUUAACAUCACUUGAAAAAAAAUCAGUGCACAGAUUCUGAAUAGUUGAGGGCUUUGAAUCAUUCAGGAAAUUAGUGAUAGCACAGGCUCUAAAUCAGUUGUAUGUUAGUGUGGGUGUAUAUUUUGUGGAAGAGAUACAAAUCCUAUUAUGAUCACCCUUUCCUAGUCUCCAAACGUUAUUACUCCCGAAUUGCCUUAACUAAUUGAUGUACAGCAGUAAUUUGAUGCAUACCAGUUGGGCUAAUUUCAUUGGUUGUAGUUCAUGUGAUAUAGCCCUAAUGAUCUGCAUGGAAUUGUUGCUCUUCAUCUGUUGGUUAUUGUGCCUUAGAAAGGGUGUAAAUCUUUUAGGGGCAUGGUAAUAAGUUUGAAAGGUGGUCGGUCACUAAUUGUGUAAGUGAAGAAUGCGUAUUUAUACACCGAGUUGAAAUGCGAGUUUACUGUCACUGGUUAUCCUAAUAAGCCUUUAUGCUGCAAGUCCUCAUUGUUGAAUAGGUGUGCUGUCUUAAUCAUUCCAUUUUUAGGUAUCACAGGUCACAUAGCUUUACAUAUAUCAUCAAAAGAGUUUAGGCCUCCUGACAUUGUUGCAGAUCUCUUGUGACACUGUUGCAGGUCUAUUGCAAUGCUGUUGCAGGUUUGUUUUGAUAGUUUCUGGUAUCUUGUAACACUAUUGAAGGAGUCUUACAACACCAUUGCAGGUCUCUUGUGAUAUUUUUUUUUUAGACAUCUUGUGACAUUGUUUCAAGUCUCAUAACAAUAUUAGCAGUCUUGCAACACUGUUACAGGUCUCCUGUGCUAUUGUUGCAGACCUCUUGUGACACUUGUCACAGGGGUUUUGUAAAAUUGCUACAGGUCUCAUAACUUUGUUAUAGAUGUCUUGUGACAUUUUCAUGUAUCGUGUAACAUUGCUGCAGAUGUCUUGACACUGUUGCAGGCCUUCUCUUAAGGUAUUACUGGAGGUCUUGUGAUAGUUACACAUUUCUUUUAGCCUUAUUUCAUGUCACUUGUGACAUUGUUUCUUGACUUUUUUUUUAUGAUAAUGUAGGUCUUGGAACAUUGUUGCAGGCCUAUCUCAGCUCAACCAAUGAUGUACAGUCUUAACUGGUUAAAGAUUUAUUCAAAGAGAAACCUUAAGAGCUUUAUUUAGUGUCCUGCUCACAAAGCAUCCUAUGGGGAGGCUGACAGCAGGGCUUGUUGGGCACUGGCUGAUGUCUGGAAUAUGUGCCUCCUCCUAUAACACUCUAGCCAGCCUGUGUGCCUCCUUGCUGUCCCCUGCCUUGGCUGUGUUGUCUGCCUAUACACUUAGAUAAGGAUGGUCUAGUCCUUCAUCCUAAUGUUAUGACACUGGAAGACAUUUUUCCAUGUCAGUUUUUAUGAAGAUUUAAUGAACAAAUUUAAAUGAAGUAUCCUAUUGGCCACAGUUUUGUAUUGUAAAUAACUUUCUUCAUUUGUAUUCUAUUAGAUUUCAAAAUACUCAAGCCUUGUAAUGUAAUGGAAAAUGCAUUAUAAUAAAUUGAUUUUGUCCAUUAUAGGUAUGGUAAACUGACUAGUAUCAGUGUUAAAGGACUUAAUUCAGGUGGUUAUAACAUUCUUCUUGGUUUGCUUUUGAAUCAGCAGAAGUCAGGUGAACACACAACUUUCACUGGAGAUUUUAUGUACAGUAAUUCAUCCACAAGUAAAUGCCUUCAAGAAAAACAAAUUAAAUUCUGGGUUAAGUGUAAAUUCAAAUCUCUGUACAAUUUGCUGAGUGUGAUCAUUGUUGUGGUCAUUUAAACCUGAUACAUAUUGAUGUAUUCAAUGUUUUUAUCCAUGUAAUUUUAAGUAGACCUAUAAGAAUUUUAAUAAAUGUUAAAUGGA